UCUUUGGCGGCCAGUAGGCAACUCGGAGCGGGACUCUUGAAAACAAAAACAAUUGUUCGAGGAAGAACUUUUUUUCGCUACGGAUGGUUUUCAGACAUUUUUAAGUUAACGGCAUUUGGGACUAUCCAGAGACACGAUGCCUCCGAAGAGGCAGCAACUGAAGCCGACUGCGGCCAACGCCUCCAGCUCCUUGGACCUGGAGUCUGAGGACAUCAGCCUGGAGACCACCGUGCCCACCACGGAGGACGUGUCCUCCUCCGACGAGCAGCGCUCCCAGAAGGUGACCCGGCAGCUGAUCGAGAGGAAGGAGCUGCUGCACACCGUCCAGCUGCUGAAGAUCGAGCUGUCCCAGAAGAACCUCAUCAUAGACAACAUGAAGGCUGACCACAUGUCCAAGGUUGAAGAGUUGGAGGAGAAGCUGAAUGACACUAUCCAUCAGAAGCAGGUGUUGUCCCUCAGGCUGGACAGUCAGCUUCAGCUUGCUCAGGAGGAGAACAGGCGGCAGCAGAGCCAGCGGAAGCAGGAGAUGGAGACCAUCCUGCUCAGGCAGCAGCAGCUGGAGGAGACCAACCGACAGCUGUGCGAGAAGCUGCGGAGGUCCCUCAGGGAUCUGGACAUCUCCGAGGACAGGUACCAGGAGCUCCGUGGACUCCCCGAUGACAAAAUCUCCAUACAGGACUACGUUUCAAUGCAUUUUUAUGAAGUGGUGAAUCCUCUGCGGAGUCAGCUGGCUGAUCUCACUGCGCUGAAAAACAAUUUGACCGAAGAGCUGAAUCUACACAGAACCAAGACGAAGGACUUGAUGGAGAGCUACGAGGAGGAGCGGCGGCUGCGUUCAGAGCUGGAGCUGAGGAGCCAGAGGUUGACCUUACAGCUGGCCGACGCCAAGCAGCAAAUCCAGGAGGGAGACUAUCGCAGAGAAAACUACCCAAACAUCAAGCGUGAGCGUGACCACUUUGAUGCGGAGCUGAAGGAGCUGAAGAGGAGGUUCGACACCCUGGACUUGGCUCACACGGCAGUGAUCAGAGAGCGAGACACGCUCAGCAAAGAGGUGGCGACAUUGCAGCAGUCAGUGACUCUCCUCCAGAAGGACAAGGAGUACCUCCACAGGCAGAACAUGGAGCUCAGCGUUCGCUGUGCGCACGAGGAGGACCGCUUGGAGAGGCUGCAGGUUCAGCUGGAGGAAACUAAGAAAGCCAGGGAGAAUGCCUACGAGAAAUAUGUAGCAUCCAGAGACCACUACAAGUCCGAGUAUGAGAACAAGCUGAGGGAGGAGCUGGAGAACAUCAGACUGAAGACCAGUCAGGAGAUCGAACACCUGCAGCGGACCUCCAGGGAGAUGUACGAGAGAGAAAACAGGCAUUUGCGUGAAGCCAGGGAUAACGCCGUGCUGGAGAAAGACCGAGCCGUCACUGCAGAGAGGGACACCCAGUCCCGAUACGACCAGCUGCUGGAACAGUACCGUCAGCUCCAGCUGGGGACGGAGAGCCGCGUGGCAGAAAUGUCCAGCCAGGCCAAGCUGCACUCCUUCGAAGCCGAGCGAGCUCAUCUGGUCAAGGACGAGACGGCGAAGGCGCUGGCCCAGUGCCAGGUGGAGUGUGAGAAGCAGCAGAAGAAGCUGGAGCUCCUCACUCAGGAGUUCUACCGGCUCCAGUCGUCGUCGGAGAAGCGCGUGACGGAGCUGCAGGCCCAGAGCGCCGAGCAGGCCGCCCGCCUGGAGACGUACGAAAAGCUGGAGCGGGAGCUGGACGAGGUCACCAUGCAGGCCGCCGAGAUUGAGAAUGAAGAGGAGGCAGAGCGAGUUUUGUUUUCAUACGGCUACGGAGCGAAUGUCCCGACGACGGCCCGGAGACGUCUGAAACAGAGCGUCCAUCUGGCCCGCAGGGUGCUGCAGCUCGAGAGGCAGAACACGUCCCUGAGGAGAGAGCUGGAGCAGCGCAAGGCGCAGGCGGGAGAGAUGUCUGAAGAGCUGCUGGCAGCGAACCAGCUGCUGCAGCAGACGCAGCAGCCGUAUAGCUACAUGAUCGAGACGGUGAGACAGAGGGACGCGCAGAUCGGCGUGCUGAAGGAGCGCGUCGGCUCGCUGGAGGACCAAGUCAGUUCUCUGAGGAAAGAGCGGAGCGCCCUGGAGCAGGUGAAAAACGGCAUGGCCGCCGACCUGGAGCGAUUUCUCAACCAUCGAGAGGAGAUCGCGAUGAUGAAGCAGGUCCUGCUCAGCAUGCGGCCCAGAGAGGGAGAAGCCCUCAGCCUCUUGGGAACCGAUCAAACUGCAGUGCGGGCCGCCGCUUCAGGGAAACGACACUCGAAACACGUCCGGAUCACACAAGAAGAAGAAGAAUCGCCAAACAAACCUAAGCCCACGGUGUUUACCAAUAAAGAAGCUCCUGAUUGGUACCAAAAGCUGAGGCAGAAACCCAAAUGAAAAAUUCUCACCACCAUUUCCCACUCAGGACUUCAACAACUGUGCACUUUUACUGAGACUUGUUUGUUUUUACCUUGUAAAAUACACUUCUUAAAGACGUUUGAUAAAGACUUAUCAAAUACAGAAGCACA